GCAGGCGCAGUGAGGUGUUUGCUUCCGGGUUUGCACAGGGGCUGUGAGAGGGGGAUCGUGCCCCGGGAACUGCAGCUGUCAAUCAAACCGUCCCGGGAACUGCAGCUGUCAAUCAAACCGUCCCGGGAAGAGCGGUGCAGCGGAAUCAAUAUAAAUCCAUGUUCGGAAUCUUCUACACCGCCUGCUUCUGCAUAGUUAUCGGAGCGGGGGGCCAUAAUGCAAAAGGCAAAGAAAUGCAGGCGGAGGAAAUGGCUCAAUACAGACAGCGAGUUAAGGAUAUGUUUUAUCAUGCCUACAACAAUUACCUGGAGAACGCUUUUCCUUAUGAUGAACUGCGACCCUUGACCUGUGAUGGUCAGGAUACAUGGGGCAGCUUUUCCCUGACAUUGAUCGAUGCAUUGGACACUCUGUUGGUGCUGGGUAACGUUACCGAAUUUCAGAGGGUUUUUCAUGUUCUUCAGGAUGGAAUGGACUUCAACAUAGACGUUAACGCUUCUGUAUUUGAGACCAAUAUUCGAGACAAAAGGCCAGCUUUUGAAAACUAUGUUAAUAUUUUUAAAGCCCGGCAACUGUUCAUCGGUGUAAAAGCCAAAUUAUUGCGAAUAGCUUUACAAAGUGCAUCAUUUAACAUCAUGUUGCUAAUUGGAACUCAUGGAUUAGAUGCUCAGAUAUGA